AUGGCAGAGACAAGUAUUUCUGUGUGUGAGGACCAGUUUAUCUGUCCUGUGUGUGUGGACACUCUUAAGGAUCCUGUCACUAUCCUCUGUGGACACAAUUAUUGUCUGGACUGUAUUAAGGGCUACUGGGAUCGAGAUGAUCAGAGGGGAGUCUACAGCUGCCCCCAGUGCAGAGAGAACUUCAGUAUAAGACCAGUUCUGCGUAAAAACACCGUGCUGGCUGAAUUAGUGGCAAAACUGAACAGGACAGGGCGGCAAGCUACUCCUGCUGUGCGUUCAGCAGAACCCGAGGACGCGGUUUGUGAUUCCUGUAUCGGAAAGAAAGAGAAAGCUGUCAAGACCUGCCUGACGUGCCUGGCGUCGUACUGUGAGACUCACGUCCAGCCUCACUUCGAAUCCCCGGCCUUCCGGAAACAUACGCUCGUCAAAGCCACCACUCAACUGAAGGACCAGAUUUGCUCCACUCACAACAAAGCGAUAGAGCUUUGGUGUCAAACUGACCAGAAAUUCAUGUGUUAUAUAUGUAUGGUGGACGAACACAAUGGCCAUAAAAUAGUAUCGGUCGCAGCAGAGAGGGCCGAGAGACAGAAAGAGCUGGGGGACACUAAGAGGAGAGCCCAACAGAGAAUCCAAGAGAGAGAGAAAAAGCUACAGGAGCUGAGACAGGCUGUGGCCUCCGUCAGGCGCUCUGCACAGGCAGCAGUGGAGGACAGUGAGAGGAUCUUUACUGAGAUGAUCCGCUCCAUUGAGAGAAGGCGCCGUGAGGUGACACGGCUGAUCAGAGAUCAGGAGAAGAGUGAAUUGAAUGACACUGAGGGUGUACUGAAACGACUGGAGCGGGAGAUUGCUGAUCUGAGGAGGAGAGACACUGAACUGGAGCAGCUUUCACAGACAGAGGAUCACAUCCAUUUCCUCCAGAAUUUUCCAUCUCUCUGUGCCCUGCCAGGAUCUGAAGACUUACUCAGUGUCUAUGUCAGUCCACACGUCUCAUUUGAGGAUGUAGGACAAUCUGUCUCUCAGCUGAAAGAGCGACUGGAGGAUUUUUGUAAGGAGGAGCUUGACAGGCUCUCCUACAAAGAGACAAGCAUCACGGCCAUCGCUCCUCCUGAACCCAAGAUGAGGGAGGACUUUUUACAAUAUUCCUGUGACCUGACGCUGGAUCCCAACACAGUCAAUAAAUUCCUCAGCCUGUCUGCAGGGAACCGAGUGGUCACAUGCGGCAGCACAGCCCAGUCAUAUCCUGAUCAUCCGGAGAGAUUUGACUACUAUCUGGCUGUGCUGUGUAGAGAGAGUGUGUCUGCACGCUGUUACUGGGAGGUUGAGUGGAGUGGAAAGUGGAAGGGUGAGGAGGAUGGGGUGUAUGUGGCGGUGUCGUAUAAAGGCUUGGGUAGGAAGGGAGGGGGUAAUGAAUGUAGGUUUGGAUAUAACGAUAAGUCCUGGACCCUGGUCCGCUGCCUCUCCAGCUAUUCGGUCAUACACGAUAAUAUGAAGACUAAACUCCCCACCGUGCCCAGUUCCUCCAGAAUAGGAGUGUAUGUGGACUACAGGGCGGGAACUCUGUCCUUCUACGAUGUCUCUAACACAAUGACCCUCCUCCACAGAGUCCAAACCAAAUUCACUGAGCCCCUCUACCCUGGGUUUGGGGUCAAUGUAGGGUUACAACUGCGGUUAUGCCACUGA